AUGAUUGCGUUACAAAAUCACGCUAUCUUACCUCCUCCCGCCAAAGUGGAUAUCUCACUGCUGCUGAAGCCCCAGGAUGAAGAGGAAGCCGCCUCGGUGACGACAGCGCCUGGCUACCCACCCAGCGCAAUCCCGCCGCCCUCGGUAGCACCUGCGUUGCCAGUAGCUGCUCCAGCAUCGUUGUCCUCGGUCCCCCCAGUGCCCCAGCUUACGUCUAAAAUUCCGGCUACGGUGCCUGCCAAGCGCCUUCAACCUGCCCACACUGCAGAGUCGCCGGCUAAAAAGCAAUCCAAGUGGUCCCCGGAGGAGGAUGCCCUUAUCAUCGAGCUACGAGGAAGCGGUAUGAAAUGGGAGGAUAUUAGUAAACGGCUUCCUGGCCGAAGUGCCAUCAGUUGCCGUCUACACUAUCAGAAUUACUUGGAACGCAGAAGUGAGUGGGAUGAGGAUAAAAAGAACAAACUUGCAAGGUUAUACGAAAGGUUCAAAGCAGAGAUGUGGUCAAAGGUAGCAGAAGAGAUGGCCAUUCCGUGGAGGGCUGCAGAAGCCAUGCACUGGCAACUGGGAGAACAGGAAAUGGCGCGUCGAGCGGGAGUAGUCCCGUUCUCAUUAUCAAGUACUGCCAUAGAUCCGCCAGCGCCCCGAACUCGCAGAGCCAGCACGUCUCUAUCUCGACCAAGAAAAGGAUCGACAUCCCGUCCGAUCCCCCCUCCCCCCCAACUUCCUUCCGUGGAAGAGCUUACCGCUGGAGUGCCUGCAUUUGCACCGCACCCAACUUUUCCGGCCCCUCGCGAACCUUAUAGAUUGGGGCGACCCUUGGAUCUGGGUGGUCACAGUAGCCAUCUUGGACCCAACCUCGGUCUUCCCCCUCGAACCCUCCCGUAG